AUGAUUUUAAUAAUAUUAUUAUUAAUAACAAUAUCUUCUAUAUUCUUAUUUUGGACUGCAAAAAGAAAAAGUAAUUAUUGGAAGAAUAGAGGGAUUCCAGGACCAGAACCUCUUCCAAUAAAAGGGAAUAUAGAUUUAAUUUUUGGAAAUAAAAAUCCUUUUUCAUUACAAUUAUUUAAUUGGAGUAAAAAAUAUGGAAGAAUUUAUGGAAUUAAACAUGGAUGGAACAAUGUUUUAGUUGUUAGUGAACCAAAAAUGGUUAAAGAAUUACUUGUUGAAAAAUUUGAAUAUUUUCAUGGAAGAUUUCUUUGCCCUAUUGUUGGUGAUGUAGAUACAAAUAAAUUUAUUCAUCUAUUUUUCGCAAAAGGAAAGCGCUGGAAACGACUUCGUUCAAUUGCUAAUCCAGCAUUUUCAAUUUCUAAUUUGAAAAAAAUAAUGCCAAUAAUCGAGGAUUCUAUUAAAAUAAAUAUUAAUUUAUUAAAAGAAGCAGAAUCAUCUGGAAAAUGUGUUGAUCUACAUGAAUACUUCGUAGAACUUGCUUUCGAUAUAAUCGCUCGUAUCGCAAUGGGACAAAGAGACUCUAAACAAUUUAAAUCAGAAUAUUGUCAAAUAGCUCAAGAUACUUUUAUCCGUGUUAACAAUAAUAUUUUUGAUUAUAUUUCUUUUAUAUUCCCUUGGAUAGGAGAAAAUAUACUUGAACCUUUCGUUAGAGUUACAGGAAAAUACAGAGGAGAUCCAUUUAUAAUUUUGAUAGAUAAACUUACUAAAGCUGUUAAACAAAGAAAAGAAGAGCGAAUGAAGAAAAAUGAAAGGGAAGAAGAAGUAAAUGAAGAAAAUUUAAAUAAUAAAAAAUGGGUUGAUUUUAUUGACCUCUUUUUGGAAUCAGAAGCUGAAAAUAAUGAAAUUGAAUUUAAAAUAAGUAAUGGGACUUAUAACAAAAAAGAAAAGGUAAUUCGUUAUUAA